AUGGCGCGUUCCCCGACUGCGCUAGGUCCUGAUGGCGGACUCCGCGAUCUCGUCCAUGAGCUCGCGAAUCUUUCUGAGACCGCUUUCUGGGAGACUCUGAAGAAGGCUUAUGCUCUUCGAAAGAUGAGAAGCCAGGGCCGGGACAGUGAUGACGAAGACAUCGCUGAUCGUCUCAAGCUAGAAGAUGCAUCUUUGCUCAUUAACAAAGCAACCACCCCUAUUGUCGCACGAACUCGACCCCGGAAAGCAAGUGAAGCAGGAUCUGUCACUCCCUCUCGCUAUGUAUCUGCGGGGCUCAGGAUGAGGGUCAGCCAGGCCGGGAGGUCUCUUUCGGAGUGCAAGGACAAUCGAAUUAUCGCAUCUUCUAACACAGUCGAGCGCGGGCACGAUACCGAGAACCGAGCCAUUCCACUCGCUCAGGACCCAGUCAAAGGCGAUGACAAGAGCACUGCGAAGGAAAUAGCCCCGAAACAAGCCAAGACAGCCUCCACCGCAGACUGCGUUGAACAGCCAAGCUACUUCAAAGUUAACAUCGAUGAGACCAAGGAUGUUCAGUUCGCAAAGGAAGCUAUCAAGGAAGAAGUGAAGAUCCCCGCGCCCAAGUCGGCCGCCGAGAAUUCUGUCGACACCGUCAAGGAGGAAGUGAAGAUCCCCGCACCGAAGUCCACCACCGGGUCUUCUCUUGACAAAAGCAGUGAAAUGGGAGUCCGCAAGGGGUCUCUACCUCAGAAGAGUUCUCUCUCUGAACCGACUGGGAUCGUCGAGCCAUACGAACCAAGCACCCCUAACACCGCGACGCAACUGGUCAAGAAGAGGUCUGCGGAACUUACAACAGUCAAGACCGUGAAGCGAUUCAUCCAGUACUCGAGGACGGAGCUUCUUGUAAUCGGUGCAGCCAUGGUCCUCCGUGACCGUGAACGUGCAGCCAAGGCCAUCAUUUGUGCCCGUGAAGAUGGACUUACAAAGAAGACUCGGGCUGCAUCGUCGUCAGCAAUUGAAUUCGCCUCUAACCGAGAAAGCGCAGUGGUUCGGACUCACGACGUGCCGGCAAAACCUCUCGAUACGCCUCUGCCGAACAUUGUGACGUCAACACCUGUCAUCCAGGAACGAAAGGAGAACAAGCCUGCCGACAAGCAGGAGGCGAAGGUUAGCAAGGAAACCAUGCCCAUCGACAAGGAGGUAAAGGCUGGCAAGGAGACCAUGCCUAUCGACAAGCAGGAGGUAGAGGUUCGCCAUGAGACAAUGCCUAUCGACAAAGUGGAGAUCCACAAGGAGACCGUGCCUAUCGACAAGCAGGAGACGAAGGUUGGCAAGGAGAUUAUGCCUAUCGACAAGCAAGAGGUGGAGGCUAGCAAGGAGAACAUGCCUUUGUCCAAGCAAGAGCUAGAGGUUAGGAAGCCGGAAGAUCAAGGUGCCACUAGUCCUGAUCGUGGCCCUUUCAAUCCUAAAGCUAAACCGUUCACCCCAGGUACUAGUAGGCAACCGUCCUCAGGCACCGCGCAGAAGACCAUCUACUCUCCGGAUGCAUUCGACGCCUUCGAAAAGUACGUGACCCGCAACCACUCAGAGACCCCUGAGCCAGCGAGCAGCAAGUGA